AUGGCGAAGUUUUUAAUGCUAUUAUCAAGUGGCCGAGAAGAGGCCGAUUAUCAAUCUAUGGUUGAGCCACUGACAACAUCAACGAUUAACCAAAAUCGGUUUUACGAGUGCAAAACAUGCAAUAGACAAUUUCCAUCAUUUCAAGCACUUGGAGGACACCGAGCCAGUCACAAGAAACCUAGACUAGAGGAAUCUGUAUUAUCGGGUACGCGGAGCAUUAACGAUAACCAACAGCAAAAGAAGAAACCAAAGGCUCAUGAAUGUUCUAUUUGUGGUUUAGAGUUUUCCGUUGGACAAGCUUUAGGUGGUCAUAUGAGAAAACAUAGGGCAGUAACGGCACCAGUGGCAACACCAACGGAAACAAUGGGAUUAUCAUCCUCUUCAUCGGAUACUACUACUUACAAACAACAGCCGCUAGAAUUAGUGGAAAUAUCGAAUAGUAGGAGACUACUGAGUUUGAAUUUGGAUUUGAACUUAACCUCUCUUCCUACCACUGCUAUGGGAAGUAAUGAGUUUGAAUUCUCCGCUCUUAUAGAACCACACAAACAGAUUUCUGUUCUAGAUACCUUAGUUGGUGAACACAGAACUCAGAUGUCGGGGAGACAGAAGCAAAGAGUGGCGAUAUCUAGAGCUAUACUGAAAGACCCGUGA